AUGAGGUAUAUAAAUGCACAGAGUCUGUCGUACAGGCUAGUCUUGAAGAUGACUUUGAUGUUCGCUGUGUUUGUAUUUGUCUUAAUGGUUCAAGUACGUCCCAACGGAUGCGAAAGACCCAACAUCGUAUUCAUUAUUGCGGACGACUUGGGCUGGAACGACGUUGGAUUCCACAGCGGUGAUGUGAGUACCCCCAACAUCGACGCUCUGGCUUACCAUGGAGUCAUCCUGACCAGGCAUUAUGCCCAGCCUCUCUGUUCUCCCUCGAGAACAGCACUACUCACAGGAGACUAUCCUUUAAGGCAUGGAAUGCAAAGCACUCCUUGCCUCGCAGGCGUCGACGAUGGGUUGCCAACCGAUGUAAAGAUCAUGCCUCAGUACUUCUCCAAGCUUGGUUAUAAAUCCCAUCUGGUCGGGAAAUGGCAUCAGGGAUAUGAAACUCUCGAGCAACUACCUACUAGAAGAGGGUUUGAUUCGUUUUUCGGAUACCUCAACGGUUUCUUGGGAUACUGGGACUGCAUACAUUACAUGAACGGAGUUGCAGGAAGGGAUCUGAGACGCAACGAGGAAGGAGCAUGGCGGGAGUGCUACGGAAAUUAUCUCACCGACCUCCUGACCAACGAAGCAGUGAAGAUCAUCAGGGAGCACCAGGAACCCGAUGGUCUCCUACUGUUGCUCACACAUGCGGCCGUACACACUACCUUCCUGGACAUAGAAAGGGAGGCUCCGGAAGGUGUUCAGAACAUUACCAGCAGGGGAUAUCUCAGGGCAAUGGCCGAACGUCUGGACUGGUCUGUGGGGGAGGUUGUCAGGGCCUUGAAUGAGAGAGGUCUCCUCAACAACACCAUAAUCGCCUUCAUCUCGGACAACGGCGCACCCACCUACUCCUCUUCUUUCAGCAACCAUGGUUCCAAUUGGCCUUUGAGAGGUGAAAAAGGAUCAGUGCAUGAUGGAGGUGUGAGAACUGUAGCUGCAGUUUGGAGUCCACUCCUCAAGAACUUGUCGCGUGUCUCUGACCAGUACUUUCACAUCUCUGACUGGCUGCCCACUCUUUACACUGCUGCAGGUGGUGAUGUAAAUGAACUCGAGAGCAAGGAUGGAAUCAACCAAUGGGAUUCGCUCGUGACGUCUACGCACGGCGCAAGGGAUACUAUAAUCGUCAACAUCGAUGAAGAAACAAGAACCGAAGCGGUGAUUAAAAGUAACUGGAAAUUAGUAAAAAAUCAAAAUCCCAAAUCAGUUGGUAUCAACGAUGACCUGUACUACGGAGAAAGCGGUCGAUGGAUGACCUACGAUUUGGAGAGGGUGAACACGAGCGCCGUCGCACGAAUCCUUGGUCCGAUCUCAGACAAAUACAAGACGCUAAGACAGUCAGCUUCCAUAAACGUGCCUUGUUCCGAUGAAACAUCAGCCAUGGGAGAGGACUGCCACACUCGCUACUGCCUCUACGACAUCUUGAACGACCCUACGGAAUGCUACAACCUGGCAGCCAACAACAGCGCCAUCGUAGCUGACCUCAAGGCGAUCUUAGAGAGCUACAGGCCGAGCUUGGUAUCGGUCCCGCCCAAGUACUACGACAGCAGGGCCAGUCCCAAGAACUGGAACGACUACUGGUCCCCUUGGAUAAAAUGAUAUACUCCGAUAAUACAAGACAAUUAUAAUUUGUACAUACAAUAUUUAAUAAAAUUGUUAUAUUUUCGUUUAUUUAA